AUGGAUUGUGCCCUGCUUUCCAAUGCGGACCUGUCACCAAAGCCACAGGGCCACCUCUUCCCCCGCCAGUACCCCCCCAGCGCCGCCGCCGCCGCCGCCGCCGAGAGGAGGCCGGCGCAGCGCAGCCGACACCGACGCAGGGCUCCGCGCUCAGGCUCCGGGGCGAGCGCGCCCGACGGCCUCGGCCCGGACCGAUCCCGGGGCCGGAAAGGCGCAGCGCCGGGCCGCCGGGCCGGUGGACACCGAGCGGGCGCGGGCCUGGCCGCGGCACCCCCGCAGGCCCGCGCGACCACCCAGUCCCGGGCUGGCAGUCACCCCUACUUCAACCUGCCUGACUUCACCCAGCCAUCGCCGCCCUCCACUCCGCCCAGCCUCCCCUCGCACCAGCGCUGCCGGCCCUCCGAUGCCACCAAGGGCCUGCUCGUGGCCCUGCUGGGUGGGGGCCUGCCGGCUGGCUUUGUGGGCCCCUUCUCCCGUAUGGCUUACCAGGCUUCCCACUUACCCUCGCUGGAGCUGCUCAUCUGUCGGUGUCUCUUCCACCUUCCCAUUGCCCUACUACUGAAACUGCGUGGUGACCCACUGUUGGGACCUCCCGAUGUCCGGGCCCGGGCCUGCCUCCACGCCCUGCUCAACGUCCUCAGCAUCGGAUGCGCCUACAGUGCAGUUCAGGUGGUGCCUGCUGGCAACGCGGCCACAGUCCGCAAAGGUUCUUCCACCGUCUGCUCUGCUCUCCUUGCCCUCUGCCUCGAGAGUCAGGGGCUCAGCGGCUAUGACUGGUGUGGUCUGUUGGGCAGCACCCUGGGACUAAUCAUCAUUGUGGGACCCGGACUAGGGACACUGCAGGAGGGGACCACGGGCCUCUACACCGCCCUGGGCUAUGUGCUCGCGUUCCUGGGCGGCCUGGCACUGUCGCUGGGGCUCCUGGUCUAUCGCUCCCUGGACUUCCCCUCUUGCCUACCAACAGUGGCCUUCCUCUUUGGCUUGGUGGGGCUGGUGGGCUCUGUGCCAGGCCUCUUUGUACUGCAGACCCCUGUGCUGCCCAAUGAUCCUCUGAGUUGGAGCUGUGUGGGGGCCGUGGGGAUCCUCGCCCUGGUCUCCUUUGUGUGUGUGAGCUAUGCAGUCACGAAGGCCCACCCCGCCCUGGUGUGCGCCGUCCUGCACUCCGAGGUGGUGGUGGCCCUGAUGCUGCAGUAUUACGUGCUCUAUGAGACCGUGGCGCCUUCCGACAUCAUGGGGGCAGGGGUGGUGUUGGGCAGCAUCGCCAUCAUCACCGCCCAGAACCUCAGCUGUGAGAGGGAAGGGCAGGUGGAGGAGUGA